AUGGACGCGGUGACGUUGGGCACGAUAUUGAGUGGCUUCUUGUCGAGCCAGAACGAUGUGCGGAAGAACGCGGAGGCUACCUUCAAGAGUCUGAAGCAACAGCAGCCGGGUGCAUUGGCGGGUGUUUUGUUGGAGAUAAUGGGUACGUCUGCGAACGCGACGUUGCGGCAACAAGCGGCUUUGUCAUUCCGUAACGUUUAUCGCGAGUUUUGUCUGGGCGAGGCUUCGAACGCGUGGGUUACGCUUGAUGAGGCGACGCAGGAGAAUUUCAAGAGCAAGUUGCUAGAGUGUUUGAAACAGGAGGCGGACCCGACGGCAAAGCGCGCUAUUGGCAACGCCGUAGCUGAGUUGGCCGACGCGAUCAUCAUGGCCCAAAAGUCAUGGGUCGAGGUCUUUGCCGUUAUUCAGCAACUCAUCGGUGCCACGGACCCGUUGUCGCAAGUUAUUGGGCUCGAGCUGGCGGCCGACUUGGAACCACAUAUGUCCGAGGACUUCCAGAGGAACUUGUCCAGCUUGAAGGAAAUGCUCGCCGCCAAGUUCAGCUCCAACGAUGAGGACAUCAUCACCGCCGCCACUGCCCUCUGGUGCCAGGUCGUCAUGAACGAAGACACCGUCUCUCGCGAACUCGCCUGCUUCAUCGAGCCCGUUAUCAAGAUCGUCGCCACCACAUCCAGCGAGACGCUCGCCUCUAACAUGCUGAAAGAGUUGAUUCAAAUCGCGCUUGAUGCACCGUUCUUCUUCAAGGGCACCGCCGCGGACGUGAUGCCGUUCAUGCUCAACGUUGCCAAAGAGAAAGAAGAGAUCCGUGAACUGUCACUCGAGUUCCUGAUGACCUACGUAGACAGCAAGUACAAGAAUGUCGUCAAGAUACCGGGGUUCUUACCGUCGCUUGUGGACGCACUGAUGACCCUGCUAAUGGACGUUGAGGAGGACCCCAUGUGGUUCGACGCCGAAAACAAGGACUUGGAAGAAGAGAACCACGAGCUCGGUGAAAGCUACAUGGAUCGGCUGGCCGGCACUGUUGAGAGCGAAGUCAUCAUGCCACUCAUCUUCGAGAAAGUGGGGCAGUACGUCACGCAGGCGGACUGGCGAUGCAAGGUCGCCGGCAUUUCGGCUGUGUGCCAGAGCAUUGAGUAUUUGUCUGCAGAUUAUGCCAUCAAGCAGUUGCCGGAGAUCGUGAAGAUUGUGGUCGCGGCGACCAAGGACGCACACUAUCGCGUGCGAUAUUCGGCCUGUCGCACGAUCGCGCAGAUCGCGUUGGACCACAUGCCGUUUGUGCAGGAGAAUUGUUACGCUGAGGUGUUGCCUGCGCUCAUUGAGCGCUUCGAUGACCCCGUGGCGCGUGUACAGAAGCAGGCUUUCACGGCCUUCGUCAACUUCGCUGAGGAAGUGGACAUCGAGGACUUGUUGCCCUUUGUACCCGUAGUGAUGGACAAGGUGAACGCCCGGUUGGACGGCGGUUUCAAGAUGGCCGGCGACGAAGAGCUGAAGCCCGAAGUUGCGCUGGCUCGGCACAACAUGAUUCGCGAACAGUGUGUGACCUCGGUGGCCGUCGUCGCAGGCGUGUUGCGUGACCAGUUCCUGGAGUUCUGUCCACGCAUCGUGCCUUUGAUGAAGUUGAUUGUGGCGCAAGCGGACACGGAGGAGAUGCAGCCCAUGCGCGGACGCGCCCUAGAAUGCCUGAGUAUUAUCGCAUACUCGGUUGGUUUCAGCCAUAUAGAGGCGGAGGCGCAGCAGAUCGUAAAUGCACUCAUUGCGCUGUAUAAGACGGAACGGAAGCCUGACGACCCUGUCACUGACUACAUCUAUGAGGCGCUGAGGCGAAUGACUACCGUCAUGGGUCGCAACUUCUCUCAGUUCAACAACGAGCUCGUGCCGAUUGUCAUCAGUCGCCUCAAGGACGUCGAGAAGGUGCCAGUGGAUCCUGAGUUCGAUGAGUACAACGAUAUGAGUGUGGUCAACGAGCGGUCGACGUCGGCGACGCUUUACAGCGGCGUCAAGACUUCGAAGCUGGAGCUGAUGCACAAGGAUCUGGAACUGCUCAUUUCCAUUAUCGAAAACACCAAGGGCCACUUCGCGCCGCAUAUCCAGACUUCGCUUGAGGCUGUUGUGCCGUUGCUGGAGCUCAAGCAUUCGGACGAGGUGCGCAAAAGCUCGCUCAUGGCCAUGGCCGAGCUCAUUGGCGCUGCUCGUGAUGGCCAGGCCCCUAGCGACCAGUUAACGCAGUGGGUCAUGAACGCAAUGCGGAUCGUGCUGCAGGUCGUGGAUGACAGCGAGGAACUGCAUUAUAGCGGCGUGGACCACUUGACUGCAGUCGUCUCUGGCUUGGCGCGGUGCAUCGAGAACGCGGGCAAGGGGGUGCUCGAUGCGACUCAAAUCGAAAUGGUUAUAAAAUGCGUGUGGAAGAUGAUCGGUACUUCUUCAACCAGGCGCCAACAGAUGACCAAAUACCAGAGUGACGGAGAGCUUGAGGAGGAGGAGCAGGCGCGAUGGGACGACGAGAAAGAGCGCGAGCAGGUGUUCCGUGAAACGUGUCUUAAGGUGAUGGAAUCGUGCAUCCGAACACAUCCUGACGAGUUCUUACAGAGCGGCUCCAAGAUCACUAUGGAACACGUCGAGGCAUUCAUGGCUGUCCCGGACGCCGACGACCGCGCCCUGGCAUGCUAUGCGUGCUGUGAUUUGCUACAAAUUCUUGGCAGUCGAGGUCUCUCGCUCAUCGGCACAAAGGUUGAGAAACUCGUGUGGUAUAUCGAGGACCAAAAUGAGAGUGUGCGCCAGGCCGCUUGCUUCGCCAUGAACCUCUGCAUGAACACACAGGGAAUCCACCAGGCCCUCGUCACCGAAACCGCCACCCGACUCCUCAAGGUCAUCCAGCACGCCGACGCCUGGCGCCGAGUGAACAGGUCCGCCACCGAGAACGCAGUCUCUGCUCUCGUGAGCAUUGUCCUGCACCAGUCGGAAGUCGCCGGUCCCGCCCGAAUCGCCGAGUUCGUGGACCUAAUCCUCGCCAGUCUACCCAUCAUCCAGGACGUCGAGGAGGGCAGACUCGUCCACGACAAAAUCGUCAAGGACCUCCUCAACGGCCCCCAGAGCGCUUUCUGGGGCAACAACAACGCCAACCUUCCCAAGAUCGUGCCCUUCAUCGCACACAUCUACAGGUCCCAAUACGUCGAGGACGAAACCAAUCCCCUCAUCCGGCAACUGGCUCAAAAGAUUGGCGUCUCUGCCAUUUCCGAAGUUGUUGCUAACCAGCAACUCACUGAAUACCAACAGCGAGGGCUCAAGAAGAUUGAAAGAGACUUCACCAACUAA